AUGCCUUCACUCGUCAAAUAUUUCUCUGCUCUUAAGGAUUCACGAAUUCAAUUUGGAUGCCUGUUUAAAAAACAGAAUCAACUGAAUUACAUCAAUGUUCGAGCAAAUGAAUUUACGAAUAAUGAUUUAGAAGCAUUGAGAGUAAAAUUUCAACCGGCACCUGAAGGCCACGUUAUUCCCAACGAGAAAAUCGAAAAAUUUCCAGAACAGUACGUUUGCCCUAGAAUAAACAGAGACAUGCUCAGCAAAGAAGGAUUCAAAGUUCAAGAAAUAAGUAAUUUUUCAGACGUUCAAACAUUCUUUAAUAAACUGCAUAUCGUCACGAGAAACUCACCAGGAAUACCCGAGUCUCGUACUGAUGCCUUGGUUGAUGAUCUGUUUCGUGUUACUAGACUGAAUAAAUAUCCUUUGGAGAUAGUACCACAACUACCAUGUAAACUAUAUAUCUUCAAUAAGCCUUAUGUUUCGGCAAAACCCGACUUUUUGAUAACUAAGGGAAUAAUAUCUAUGAUUAUUGUAGAGGAUAAAACCUUACAAAACGCCGACCGUUUUAAUACUUAUGGAGAAACGCAAAUGGCUGCCGAACUGCUUGCUUGCGGAAAUGAAAAUAUACGUAAAGAUGAUGAGAUCACUGAUCAGGUUUUAUUUGCUGUUCGUUUUAUCUCUACCUAUACUACAUUUUACAAGGCCGAUAUUCCCGUUUCAUAUUGGAAGGAGCUUAAUAAUGGUUUACCAAAAAGAAAUUCGAUCAAAAUCAAAAGAUGGCCAGGAGAAAAUUAUAAGAAAAGUGGUCUUGAUCUCGCAGACCCAGGUGGAAGGAAAGCGGUGUUGACUGCAUUAGCAAAAAUUC